GGGGGGGGGACCUGGAUGCUUCUCUACCUCGCAUCACCCUUGGUUCCUCUGUGGGCACACCUCCUGCCUCAGUCUCCCCAGAGAGGAGUCUCUCCAUCCCGGGCAGACUGGUUCUUCUGAAAUAUUCCUAGCAUGGGUGCGGUGGUGCCUGCAAGGCAGCCGAACACCAGCUCACUUUUUCCUCUGAGGCAUUAGUCACCCUUCCUCUUCCCCUCCGGGCCCCACCGCUCUGGGCUGCGUCCCCGAGGGAGCAGACACCGCGGGGCCCCUGGCUUCCUCUGCCAGGGAACCACCACCGGCGGCGAGGAGGUGCAGGAGCAGGGAACAGCCUCUCUGCCUCAGGGCUGUCAGGAGGCCAGGCUUAGCUGAUGCUUCUGGCUUUCUUUGGGGAUCGGCUCAUGGAAGAAGGGCAUGGUGACUUGGGACGCGGGCUUCUGAAAAGCAUCCCUUCCCAGAGGCAGAUGUCACCAUCCAGUCGUCUGUGUCUCCUCGUCUUUGUCGUCCUGAUUCUGCCCAGCAGAGGGCAGACACCAGAAAAGGCCACAUCCAGUUUUGCGGAGGACCAGACUUCUGUGAAUACUCAUGUCCCAGAUAAAACCAACCCAGAAGUCCAGCCUACCACUCCCAUUCCGCACUGGGAAGCUGAUGCAUGUGGAGGGAACUCUGCCUGGCAGUUCUGUGGCCGAGCACGUCUCAUCCCUCACCUCUCACCCUUCCCUCCUCUUCUUCUGACUGGAGUAGAAACCACACAAAGCCAGACAGUGGCCAGAACCAAGACCGAGCAACGGACAGAAAUGGGAGUGACCACCACGAAUCCAGGGACAGAUCCGGGGACACACAGGAGCAGUAAGGAAGGUACUACGACGCUCCCUGGGAUCAGGACUCCAAGACCAACCAAAGACAGGAUGUCGCACCACUUACCCGAGGCACGAGAUAAGGAUGAGAACGACCCCUUCUACUAUGAUGAUUUCACUCUCCGGAAACGGGGGCUGCUGGUGGCGGCCGUGCUGUUCAUCACGGGCAUCAUCAUCCUCACCAGUGGGAAGUGUAGACAGAUGUCCCAGAUGUGCCUGAAUCGCCACAGGUGAGUGGGGACUGACACCCAGCUGGAGUCUCCAUACCACAGCGGCUGCUCACCAUCCCCUGCCUCCUUCCUCUACCCCAAGAGCCUACAGAGUGGUCAACACAAAAGGAACCCGGGAAGAAGAGGCCACUGCAGGGAGCCUGGCCUAAGGCUGGUGGCCUCCCCACCCGGAGGGUGCCUGGCUCCCCAGGCACUGCCCUGCCUGCCCCUUAUCUAAUCUGUUCAGAUAAAUCCAUAUGGUGGUUCUUCCACA